AUGGGCAGAGACGAGAGAAAGACUUCAGAAUCAACCCCAAACAAAAAAAUUAAAAAUGAGAAGGACUCCGAGGAAACAAAUUGGAAUAUGGAAUCCAAUUUCAAUUGCUCUGCGAAUCUGAAAACUGCUGCAACCGAUCAAAGUCUACUCACCAUUCUUCACAACAUCAAGUCUUCCAAAUCUCCAGCUGUUAUAAACUACGGAGCUUCCUGGUGUCAGGUUUGUAGCCAGAUUCUGCCUGUGUUUCAGAGGCUCAGUUCCAGUUUUCCAGGGCACACUUUUGUUUACACGGAUAUCGACGAGUGUCCUGAAACCACUCAGCACAUUCGUUACACACCCACUUUCACCUUUUACAAAGAUGGCGAGAAAGUAGAUGAGAUGUAUGGAGCUGGAGAAGAGAGACUCCAAGACCGGCUUUGGCUUCACUCAUGAAACAUGUUCUCGUACUUCUCUUCUGCUUAGUUAGUUUCUCUGUUUUCUUUUCCAGGUUCAAGUAUUUUAUUUA